AUGCCGUGGAUGAAUCAUAAGCAAAUUUUCUACCUGGCUAUGAACCCAGGUGAUCUACCUGAAGACGGUAUUUCCAUUCGGAUCAGGGAGACCAGAGGGACUCCGUCAACCUGCCUCACCUGCAGUGAAGGCGUGAUAUCAACUUACGUGUCAACGGUCGAGUCUACAACUUUACGAGAGCCUUCAUCCGGCGUAGAGCUUCCCUUUGAAUACCUUGCGGAAGAAAAGCACCAGGAAAGGGCAGAUGUGACCUACCGGAGAUUCGGGAUAGCGACGGUUUCUCAAUACUAUCACCAAAACGUCAGUCUUCAAACUAAUAUGUCCUUGGGCCUAUUGCCCGACUUAAGAAGUGAGGAAUCUGAGGAAUCAUGCUACCAUAAAGAGGUACGUGACUCGGAAGAAAUUAAUGAUCGACUGACAAACAACAGUCCCAAGCAUGGGAGUUGGAGAGUUGAUGCAUACAAUCGCAGUCAUCAUAAGAGAAUCGCCCUGAUCAGAGAGUAG